AUCAAAACUUCCCAAAUUUUCUAAUUUUACACGGUGAAUCUCUCUGCCCCACCACCCUAUCUUUUUCUCUUUCAACCCCCUUCACGUUUAUACAUAUAUAUAUUCACUCAUCCCAUUAUGCAGAAAAGUAAAACAGACAUAAAAACAGCUACUUUCAUAUUACAAACAUCAUGGAAGACCAUCAUCCACCUGGGUUUCGCUUCUUCCCAACAGAAGAAGAGCUUGUUGGCUUCUACCUACGAAAUAAGCUCGAUGGUUCAAUAAAUGCUGCCGCCGCCGCCAUUGAUAGAGUUAUACCAGUUGUUGAUAUCAAUUCCCUGGAACCAUGGAACCUCCCAACACUUGCUGGGGAGCUAUGUCGUGGGGAUACAGAGCAAUGGUUUUUCUUUUCACCUGGGCAAGAGAGAGAAGCGAGAGGAGGGAGACCAAGCAGAACCACAUCGUGUGGGUACUGGAAAGCCACUGGUUCACCUGGCUAUGUUUAUUCUUCUGAUAACAGAGUCAUUGGGGUGAAGAAAUCCAUGGUGUUCUACAAAGGAAAAGCUCCUAUGGGAAGAAAAACCAAAUGGAAGAUGAAUGAGUACAGAGCCAUCUCAGUCCCUCACCAAUCCAACCCUGUCACCCCUCAGUUGAGAUGCGAAUUCAGCUUAUAUCGGGUGUACAUCGUAUCUGGAAGCUUUCGAGCAUUUGAUCGACGUCCAUCGGAGAGUGGAGGAACAGAGUCACGUGUUCAUCAGAGUUCUUCAUCUCAGGUUUCUCACUUGCUGGAACUUUCUCAGCUUUCUCAGCUCCCAGAAGGUGGAGGAGAUUCAAGUAGCACGAACUGGAACGAGGAACAGCUUCAAGAACCGUCGUGGGAAUUGGAUUGGGAACACUUCAAUUGGGUCUGAUUCAAAUGACUCAAGAACUCAAUGACUUGACAUCGACCAAAUCAUAGAUAAUGAAACUAAACUCUACCAUAUUUGUUUAGAACAGACAAUAAUCGUAUCAUGUUAAAGAAGAAGUUCUGUUAUUUAACCCCAUUUUGUUUGCAGACAUAGCUUCUACUUAGACGACACUUCCCACUAUUUUUAUCCAAUUUCAACAUCAAGUCCAUCUCUUUUCCACACCCACUACUAGCCUUUGUAAAUUAUUCUUCUCAUUAUUAUAACAAUUAAUUAAACAUCAACUCCUCAGUUCA